UCAAGACUCCUGACUCCAAACCCACUUCAAUAAGUCUCUUUCCCUCAGUCUCUCGCUCACGCAACGCUUUCCCGGAAACUAACAAACGAAGAACACAAAAGACGGACGCAUAUACACCUGCGCAAAACCCUCAUGAGGGCGCAGCGAACGUCGAUCCACGCCGUGUCAACAUGGGUGCGGCGACAGCCGCCGAAAGUGAAGGCUUUCUUGGCCGUGGUAUCGGGCAUGGCGGCGUUGGUUCUGCUCCGAUUCAUCGUCCACGACCACGACAACCUCUUCGUCGCCGCAGAGGCCGUUCACUCUAUCGGAAUCUCCGUUCUCAUCUACAAACUCAUGAAGGAGAAGACCUGUGCUGGACUAUCUCUCAAGUCUCAGGACUUAACAGCUAUUUUUUUAGCUGUUAGGCUGUACUGCAGUUUUGUUAUGGAAUAUGAUAUACACACCCUCCUUGAUUUAGCUACAUUGGCAACAACCUUGUGGGUUAUUUAUAUGAUCCGCUUUAAACUGAAGUCUAGUUACAUGGAGGACAAAGACAACUUUGCAAUAUACUAUGUGGCGGUUCCCUGUGCUGUGUUAGCUUUGUUUAUUCAUCCAUCAACUUCUCACCAUUUUGUGAAUAGAAUCUUCUGGGCAUUCUGUGUCUAUCUGGAAGCCGUUUCAGUUCUACCCCAGUUGCGGGUGAUGCAGAAUACAAAAAUUGUUGAACCAUUCACUGCUCAUUAUGUGUUUGCUUUGGGUGUGGCAAGGUUCUUGAGCUGUGCCCAUUGGGUUCUUCAGGUUUUAGAUAGUCGUGGACACUUGCUGGUAGCAUUGGGUUACGGAUUAUGGCCUUCUAUGGUUCUUAUCUCAGAAAUUGUCCAGACUUUCAUCUUGGCAGAUUUCUGUUACUAUUAUGUCAAAAGUGUUUUUGGUGGCCAGCUUGUCCUUCGUCUUCCCUCUGGUGUGGUGUGACAGGGAGACUCCUUGCCGGAUACGGUCAAUGAAUGCAGUGCCAUCUAAAGAUUAACUUAACUGGGCAAUCUGGGGGGUUAUCCUUGUUUAAGUUACGGUUUUUGGUCUCCACACGGUUUUGAUUCUCCCUGUAAUGACUAUUUGUCAAAUGUAUUUGUAAAGAUGGGGAUGCAGAAGACUUUGAUAUUUAUAUAUGAAAACUUGAUUCAGUUGGUUGGUCUA